UUUCAUUUCAGCUUUCAUUCAGAUGCUCUGGACAUGAAUUCUCCAGCUUGCUUUCAAUAGAGAGGAAAAACUAUGAGGAAUCUACGAAUCAUCUCCUCUCAUUUCUCACGAGCUUUGAAACCCAUCGAGACACGCCCAAUUUCUGAUAGAUUGAUCUCGAUCCAAUCUCGGAGGUACUCGUCGCCGGCGACGCAAUCGGAGAAUGUCUCCAGAAUCGUGAACGAGCUCUCGAAUCUGACGCUGUUAGAAACAAUGGACUUGACGGAGAUCCUUAGGCAGAAGCUGGAUGUCGGCGAGAUGCCAGUGAUGGCGGCGAUGAUGCCAGGGAUGGCAUUUCCGGGAUCUGGAGGCGGUAAAUCCGGAGCAGCCGUCGCCGGGAAGGGGGAAGAGAAGAAGGCGGAAGCGAAGACGGCGUUCGAUGUGAUGCUUCAAGGGUUUGAAGCGUCGACGAAGAUAAAGGUGGUUAAAGAAGUGAGAUCGGUUACGGAUUUGGGGUUGAAGGAAGCAAAGGAUUUGGUGGAGAAAGCGCCUACACUGUUGAAGAAAGGAGUCACUAAGGAGGAAGCAGAGAAGAUCAUAGAGAAGUUGAAGGCUGUUGGAGCCAAAGUGUCUAUGGAGUGAGUGAGCUUUAGGUAAAAAUUCUUGAAAGCGGCUUGGAUCAAUCUAUCUUAGCUCUGGUUUUUGUUGGAUCAUAUUGGUAGUAGACAAACAACUUUUUUCCCCAGAUUGUGAGCAAUGUUGUUUAUGUAUUGAUGGUGUUGGAUUGUAGUGGCUACUAAGUCUUAGAAUUGGAAAUGGAACAGUAUGUUGAUUCUGGAUUUGCAUAAAGUUGCUUGCUUGAUUCUGAGCCUGAUAUUGAGUUUCAUGAGGAGCCUUUGAA